GCUGCCGUUGUCGGUUCGCUGAAGUUUUAUCAAGCCAGCAAAGUGCGUUCCAAAACAUCUGCAAAUUUAUCUCUUGAAUAGUUCUUAAACAAAGUGUGCGGUGUUUGUUAUUUCUUUGUGGGUGAUUUCACCAUCGCUCUGCUCUGCGAGCGCUAAGUAACCGUGAAAAAAUCAUCAACUUGAGCUGCACUAUUGUUCGUUGUUAGUUGGUGCAAAACGUGAGUGUGUGAUUCGAGUCUCGGGUGGGAGAGCUAAAUAAACAACACAGUGAUUUUAGAAAAUUGUUGUUAUCAAACGUUCAGAAUGAAAGUUUGUGUUGAAUGAAGUGAAUUUUUGAAGAGUGUUCGCUAGUGAUUUUUGGAUAAAGUGUUACUUACGAUCGAUAUUUUUUUUGUUCGGCCUUAUAUAAAACCUGCUGAAUUACAUUAUAAUCAGUAGUAUAGUUGUGUGUAUUUGUUAAAAAAGGGUAGUGUCAGUGUUCUCACUCGUGGAAUAGUGGAUAUCUUGGAGAUAUCUUGGAUUACCAUAGCAAUAGCUCUCCAAUACACGUCAUAGCAUCUGCUGUGACGAGCCUCCCUCUGCAUAUCCCAAGGAAACAGACACACUAAAAUCAAGGAGAAGAUUAUUUCCAUGCACAGUAAGGCCAGAUACGAGUCGGCGAAAGGUUUACUGAAGCUGUUAAAGUUGUCCGACACGAUGCUGUUACUGAGCAGAUGAGAAACAAACGUUGCUCUGAAACUGCAGCAGAACUUACAUCCUGCAAGGCCAGAUGUAUAUUAUUCUAGAAUAACGUGACCCCCCGUGUACAUCGUCUGAAUUUACUCCAAAGUCAGUUCUAGUGUCGUCAGUUGUGAAAAUACACAACACUGCACCCCACGGCGUUCAAUUGAUCGUUCGAGCGGGGGACUGGCAUUUGCACAGACCGGGACAGUUUAAAAAGGCCAUCGUGAUCGUACUACCGGGUACGAUCGGACACAAUUGUGGUUGAUUGUGGGGCCGCCAUUCGUUAUUGUCGCUCAUUUACCGUUUGGGUCGAACCAUUAGAAGCAGAACGUGUGCUGCGGGGUUUCUGUCCCACUGAUACACAGAACGUUUGGCAGAUUCUGCGGCAAAGUGCAAAAAAGUUAGAAGAAGCGGAAAAUAAAUACACAACACUGAAAAAAUGUCACAUCACAGCGACGAUCAGCUGCUGCAGGCCGGCAGUGAUUCUUUUUGGGAGCUGAACAAUUACAAACGCACCACCAAGCGGAUAGAGGACGGUUACAAAUUGUGUACGGAGCUGCAAACUUUGAUUCAGGAGCGUGCCGAAAUUGAAAAAGCAUAUGCCAAAAAUUUGAAAGCAUGGUCAAAGAAAUGGGGCGAAUUGAUUGAGAAAGGACCGGAGUAUGGUACGACAGAAGCGGCCUGGAAGGGAAUGCUCACGGAGGCAGAACGUUUGUCCGACCUGCAUCUUAAGAUUAAGGCAAGCCUUUGUACCGAUGUAACACUUCAGAUUAAAGAAUGGCAAAAGGAUAGCUAUCACAAGUCGAUGAUGCAAAUUAAGGAGCGCAAAGAAAUGGAAGAUCAAUUCAAGCGAGCACAGAAACCAUGGGCCAAAUUGCUAGGCAGUGCGGAAAAAGCGAAAGCAGAUUAUCACGCGGCAUGCAAAAUGGAAAAAUCCGCCACCAAUCAGGAACGAAAUGCCUCCAGCGAUUCUUCGAUGUCAAAUGAUCAGCUAAAAAAGAUGCAAGAAAGAGUACAGAAGCUUAAGGACGACGUAGCCAAGAGCCGCGAUCGAUACGAACAAACGCUUAACGAGAUCAAAGAGUACAAUCCCGUGUAUAUUGAAAGCAUGACGAACGUUUUCCGAAAGUGCCAAGAAAUGGAGGAAACUCGGUUGUGUUUCUUCAAGAAUGUACUGUUCUCGAUACAUAAAUGUUUGAACAUUUCCGAAGAUCCGAGUUUGCCGCAAAUCUACAAAGAAUUCCACCAUACGAUCAACAACGCCGACCACCAGAAGGAUCUGAAGUGGUGGUCUAAUAAUCACGGCGUCAACAUGGGUAUGAGCUGGCCAACGUUCGUGGAGUACACGGAAGAGUUCCGCGACAUUGCGAAGGGCAUCAAAUCCAAAGAAGCUUUACCCGCAGCGCCGAUCACGCUCAUUCAUCAGCGACCCGUGGCCGAAGAUUUGCAUGAAUAUCCGCCACCACCGCCAGCUAACAACAAUCGGCUACUUGGAGGUGGCAAUCGGAACAGUACGGCCCUUAGUAUUACCAAUUCGACUGGCAACAAUCGCACCACCUCGACACCGAAUAAUGAUUCACCCAAAUCGGAAACGGCUUCAACGAAAAAUGAACCAGCCACUACACCUUCCCGAACAUCGCCAGGGCGCGCUGCCCCACCCGGAGGAGCGGUCGUUACCAAUGGUAACUCUGGAACGAAUGGUAAAGCGAACGAUAGCAAUCCUUUCGAAGAGGAAGAAGAAUGGGAUGAGGGUGAUGGUAACGAUAAUCUGCUGGUGGACAAUGGUGAACCUGGCGUACCGGUGAAGGCACUUUACGACUACGAAGGCGCGGAAAGUGAUGAGCUCACGUUCAAACAGGGUGAUUUAUUCGAAAAGCUAGAAGACGAAGAUGAACAAGGCUGGUGUAAAGGACGAAAGGACGGGCGAGUAGGACUGUACCCAGCCAACUACGUGGAAGUGGUAGCGACGUAAGCGUUCGAGGGGUAACUUUUACAGGAAGUGGGAAAACGUCAAAAGGGUAAAACCUUCCAUUCGAAGGCAGUUAAUGAUGUACAACGGUUAACGUAUGAUAAGUGCACGUAGUCAAACUGACGUACAAGCUGCUGCAAUGUCGG